AUGACGGAUGCAGCCGCUGCUGGUUUACUACCCCCUGGGAUAGCCCUAAAGGACUUCGCCGCUCUACCAGCAAAGGAUCGCCCACUCUUUGCAGGCAGGAUUGCGAAACUCGAACGAAAGGUAUUUUCCAAAGAUGAAGGCUUCGACUACGAUGUCGAGUUGAAGAAGAAGAAUGUUGGCGUGCUCCUGGCACUGAAGGGCGACUUAGACCAGGUCGUGGCGUACCUUGUGUAUCAGCGAAUGAAGAGAGUAGUCUGGCUACACAAGCUCUGUGUAGUUGAGCAAGAAAGAAAAAAGGGCAUCGGCAGAUGUCUCGUCCACGCCCUGCGCCAUCAAAUGGAAAAGGGAGGCAGCGAAAGCAUUCAGCUAUGGGUCGACGAGCACAACGGGCCUGCUAGAGCGCUGUACGAAACAUGCAAAUUCAGCCAAGUCGAGAUCCGUCCUGCAUACUAUGCUCCAGGGAGGGCUGGGUUGAAAAUGGAGUUACCCAUCGCAAGAUGA